CUGUUGACCAAUAGUUGAAUCCAUCGGGGUCACCUCAGAUGCCAUCACCAACACGACGUCGCAGGAUCAGCCUUAGCAGCAGCCAAAUCUCCCUGCCACGCUCCCUCGAACAGCGGCAGCUACUCGUCCUCAGGCCUGCUCGCUUCCUUUGCUUAUGCCGCAUUGGUCCUUGCUCUGUCUGACGUUUCACGGCUACCUUAGCGAGACUGAAUCCUUUCCAGCCGUUGUCCGAGCCUCGCUGUCUUCGGGCUUUGUGGCCACAAAAGUCCUUUUGAUCGCCCUUCCACACCGCAGGUCCGGUUUCCGUUUUCCCUCUGCUUGAUAUUGCCCGCAAGCAACACAUUCGUUUCUUCCAUCUGCUUGCUUUCAUGCCUGUACCUGUGAAAUUUCCUUUGCUGCAGCAAUGAAGUUCCUCAGCCUGACCACUGCGGUUGCGUGGUCUGCCCUCCAAUUUCAAUAUGUGAUAGCCUUGUCCAACGUCACCUUCUACGCCGACAGCCAGUGCUCGAAAUUCUUGAGUUGGAAGACCGGUCCAGAUGAUGGCACCUGUACACCUUUCCCAACAAAUUCGCAGGGCUUCCUCAGUUUCAUGGUCACCAGUUUGGAUCAGACGUGUGCCGUUACGGUCUACGGCAGCGAUGUCCCGUACUGCAGUUCAUCAACUCUGUUCCUUGCUCCCUUCUCCAACUGCAUGACUGCAACCAACGUCAGUCAAUUUUCUGUCGACUGUCAGAGCUUGUCGGUCGCAACAUCUGCGGUGCCCUCGGUGGUUCCGACUGGAGCUCCCAACCCCUCCACGGGGUCGACCGCAUCUUCGUCUUCGAGCCCUGACUCCGGUCUUUCUGGGGGCGCCAAAGCUGGCAUAGCCAUUGCUGCAGCUGUGGGAGGCCUGUUACUCGUUGCCUUGAUCGUCUUCUUGGUGGUCAGGAACAACCGCAAGAAGCGACGAGACAUGGAAUCCCAGCGAAUCCUAGAGGCGGACUCUACACCAGCCGCACCUCCCUACUCAGCCGAAAUGCCUCCCAACGAAAAGAAGGUUCCAAUAGAGAUGCCGUCAGCGGUGAUGGCGCCUGUGGAGGCUCCUGGUGAUGCGCACUGGCCACAUCCACAAGAGAUGCCGGGUGAUUACACACACUCAGAAAUGGAAGGAUCAAGCCCCUCCCACCAAAAGGACGACAUCAAAACCGUGGUAUCAACCGAGACGAAAACCCUUGUGGGGUCUGAUGCGAAGCUGGACGUCAAGUCCAUUCCAGAAUCACAGCCUUAGCGGAUCAGUCCUAUCCCUUGUGAGGGAAAUUCUCGGCUGGAGACGUCAACGCUUUCUGAAAAAGGUUUCCAAACGCACAAUUGAUCAACAUUGAAAUGUGGAACGCAAUAUGAACAUUUUGCCCAGGCCAUUGACUGUGCCAGGACGUACCCAUAAACAGUGGAGAACACUAACCGCUUUAUCAAAGAGCGGAGUCCGAUCCCUUUAGCCUUGUGACCCUUUACAAGGCUAAUUGCUGACUCGACAUACCAUCCACCGAGACACUUCCUAGACCGGACCUUCUAUGUCAAUAAUGCAUUGCAGAUCCCGAUAAGACAUGUACUUGUGCAUAUGGGGACUCGGUGCAAUACCCACGGACAUUGACGAAUUUGAACAAACGUCGAAGAAUGGGGGCUGGGGCUCAAGCUGUUUGCGACGACUCGAGGGCGAGUCCCUGUCCUGACCAAGGUGAUCGGGUUGGACUUUACGAUGAGAGACCACAUGAGCGCCGACGUUGGGUAGUCUGAAGCGGAUCAUCGUGAAACAUUUGCAUGGACAAUUCACCUUACGGAGUCCAGCUACAUUGUGGCGCCAUGCAUCUUGAUGCUCUCUGACAUCUACCUCGGGAACCUCCAGCGCAGGAGCAGCUACAACCUCGCAGCUACAACGCAUGCAACAGGAAAGUUGUUUAAGUCCAGCUGAAGAGGUCCACGGAGGUUGAUCUGUUUUGCUUGCGUUUCCAACUUGAUCGACGUCCUCGAAAGAAAACCUAUGCGGUACGGCACUUGUCUCUCUACGGACACAAUAUUUUCACUUGCGUUUUCGUGCUCUUUCUACAGGAACGAUGGCUGCGCCCCAUCAUCUCUCGUACAGAUUUGUCAAGAAAGACGCAGGAUCUAAGAAUCUCGUCGUCCAGGAACUGUCGCUACCCGCCCCUUCCUGCCACAAGUUACAUCUCAGUGGUAUCAUGGCCACAUGUAUGCAGAAAGUUCAAUCAUAACACCACACAAGCAUGAUGCGGAGGGUUUAUCGGAGUUUGGACCCAUGUGUACCGGAACCAGAACCGGAUUCAGAAUGUCUUUUCGAGAGCAAGCGAUUUGAACCGAUUUAAUUUGAGUUCUUGAGUUUACAUGUACCUGUGUAGCCCUUUUGUGAGUCUAAUAAGGAAGUAUGUAAAUGUCCAUGCCAUAAAUAUCCUAGACGGUGCUAUACCUUACCAUACAUACUACCAAACAAACGUCAUGUCACUUCAUGCAUGCUGUAUUGCGAUGUUGCGGAG